UUUUUGUUUUCUUUUUCUUUUUUUUCUAUUUUCUUUUUUUCUUUAUCUUUUUUUUAUCAUCUCACCUUAUGAGCUAUGUAUUUAAAUUAAUAAAAUGCCCAUGGAAAUCGUUUUAUAUUUUUACAAUAGCAAUCGUAGCUUAUCGGUUCUGUGCCACGCGUUGCCUGUGCCUUUAAGAUAAGAAAGCUGCGAAUAUUAUUUAAUCUCAUUAUUGAAUUUGAUUUAAUAAUUCUUAGAAUAAAAAUAAUAAUAAUAAUAAUAAUAAUAAUAAUAAUAAUAAUAAUAAUAAUAAUAAUAAUAAAAGAGACAAAAAAACAAGGAGAAAGAAAGAAAAGCAAUUUGUUAUCUAAGUCGGAAUGGGCUUCCCUUAAUUAUUAUUUUCAAGUUCUUACCGUUGAAAUGCUGCCAAGAUGCGACAAAAAUGGAAAUGCUUGAGAUGAAUGAAAGGGAGGGGAUGGGAAGAUUAGAAAGAGAAGAUAGAUAAGAUAGACUCGAUCGAAGAUAUAUAAAAAGUUAUCUAGCGACGUAAGGUAACGUAUAAAUAAUUAAUUAGCCAGUGCCGAGAACGAAGGAAAGGUAGCGCUAACGAAGGUGAACACCUGUAGUCAAGUCUGUAUUGUUAUCUCUGGUCACACAAUGCAUACAAAAAAAAAACGAAGGAAAAAAACAGCAACAACAAACAGUAUUUAAUAUAAUUGAUGAUUUCAUUAAUAUUGUACCGUACUAUUAUAAAUUACGUUGAAAACGAUGAAAAAAAAGAAAAAGAUUACGAUUAUCCAAAGAUCUAUCCAAACCACCUUGUGAUUUCCUUCCUUGUGAAAUUUUUAAAUAACAAUGUCAUAUUUUUUUUUCAUCAAAUUCCACACAAAUAUCUUGUGAUUUUUUCGAAUAUUGUGAAAGAAUAAAGAAAGAAAAAUUGAUAUAUCCUAAAAGUACAAGGAAUAUCUUGUACAUUUGACAUUGACCAGUACCGUUUAUCGAUUGGCAUGAAACGGGAUGCCAUGUUUGCGAGGCGCCACACACGCGAUAGACCUCUCUUUCGUUGUAGGCCAACGGUUCUUGUUGUCCAUUCGUGUAACCUAACGUUAAAUCGGUGCAUCAUGUUUAGUCUCGUAAACAUCGUAGGUAAAUAAUUUUUUAAUCUCGCCGAUUUCGACGAUUUCAUCAUCGAAGAAAACCCGAUCGAUACACCAUACUUAUCGGCAGUUCUCUUAACGAAAACUGAGUCCUCUCAAAGCCCGCUCGAACAACGAACUUCUCUCUUGAUUCACAUAAUACAUUUGAAAAUAAUGUCACGAAAAAAGCAAUCGUCUUCCGACAAUCGUUCAAUGAAAAAAGACCAAGAUGACUCGAAUAGUGCCGUGAUAGCAUCACUGGAGGACGAAAAUUUGAACGAGGACGAUUCCGUUCCCGAGAUUGUUUUAUCGAACAAAGGUGGCCCAAAAUUGAUUCACAAUGGUUACAUGUAUACGAUGCACAAAAAACAGCCUCAACAUAUCCGUUGGAGAUGCGUCGGUAGAACAACGUAUUGUAGAGGAAGUCUUAUAACGACGGAAAAUUGUACGAAGCCGCGAAUAAGAAUGGAGCACAAUCAUAAACCGGAUUUCGCAGCUGCUCAAGUAGCAAGAAAACGUUAUUUGGCACUUGGCAAACCGCGCGUAUUAAUGAUGUCAUCUGAAGAGAAAGGAAACAUUCGUCAGCCAUUCGAUGGGACGGAAUCUGUCGCAAUCUUAUCUAGAAGAAAAACAGACGAAGUCGAUAAAUGUAAAAACCACGAUGAUCGUCAGCGAUGGGAGAAGCGUACUGCUAUACGAAAAAUUUUACAGUCCAACACGCCUGCCUCGCAAUCUAACACGACUACCACUAAAACCAUCAGAAUAGCAACCCAAUCUUUCGUAAGACCACAUAUUAGAAAUAUUGCCCCAGCACCAUCGCCACAACAACAACAGCAGCGACAACCAAAGACUCUUGUAUUAAAAACUAUACCGUUAAAGGUGAAGCAGGUUGCGCCAACGACGAUCAAGAUGCCACCGAGACAAACUCCGCAGGGCAUGCCACAAAAUAUUGUCCAUCAACAACCUACGGAGGUUUGUCUAAGGUGGAAUAGUUAUCACAGUAACAUGCAGAAUAGUUUCCCGUCCCUUCUGGAUUCGGAACAAUUCGUUGAUGUAACUUUAGCUUGCGAAGGACGAUCUCUGAAAUGUCACAAGAUGAUAUUAUCCUCGUGUAGCGAUUAUCUAGCAGACUUGUUGCGAGAAAAUCCUUGCCAGCAUCCUAUCAUCUUGAUGAAAGAUCUCAAAUUCUGGGAGGUUGAAGCGCUGGUUAAGUUCAUGUAUCGCGGUGAAGUUAACGUUGCUCACGACAAAUUACCUCAAUUAUUAAAUGCAGCCGAAGCUUUACAGGUUAAAGGAUUAGCAGCAGGUCCUAGUUCCUCCUCGCAGAACUCGAAACCACCGAUGCUUAUACCUCAAACAAAACCGUUAAUAUCUCAACCAGUAGUGCCACAAAUCGUACCAGAAACCAAAGAGAACAAGCCUUCCGCUUCUAGCGUUCCUCUUUCUUCUAGUCCUAAACGCGCGCAAAAAAGACAACAAUCGGAACCUCCUGAGCCACGGCCAUUCACAAAAAUUCGUUUACAAAGACCAAUCACACCAACGUCUCCACCUACGACAGUGAAAACUGAACCCUUGGAUAUACCUCUAAGUCCCACUGAAAUAUUUCCUGAAAGUAACGAGGAUAACUCUAAUCCAGUGAAUUUUGAAAAGCUUAUUAGUUUUCACGAGGAAGACGAUCCAGGAGGUGAUGAUCUCAACGAUGAAAACAGAGAAAUUAAUUUCUGCGAGAUACCGGGUCCACCAGAUUUGAAUGAUUGCGAAGAUCAGAUGGAAUUUGUACCUACGGACUUUCUAGAACAAGAACAGGACAUCGUUGAAGAAUCGGAACCAGGUUGUAAUAAGGAUAGUAAAGAUGAUUUAACCGAUCACAGUUCUGUUGAUGCUGGGGAAGGCGAUGACGAACGAGAUGGAGAAGAAGAAGAAGAAGAAGAAGAAGACCCAUGUUCGAAGGAGGACAAGACAGAGUAAAACGAUUUUAUCUACGAUUUUUUGCUAUCGUUAAGAUAUAAUCGAAUGACAAUUCGAUCGAAAGCGAAGAAAUAAAUACGUUCGAAUAGCGUCAUUAAUUUUCUGCGAAUAUUAUUGUUAAUAUUGUUAUAAAGUUUACUGUAAGUCGAUCAUAAUAUUUUUCAUUUUUUAAAUUGACUUGACGUAUAAAGAAAUUUUUCUAUGAAGACAUGAUAUCGAAAAAUAUCAAUUUUUUUCUUUUUCUUUUUUUGACAUAACAUUUUCGUUAUGUAUGUGAAUGAAGAAAAUUUAUAUCGAUCAUUUGUUUUAGAAAAAUAUAUAAAUCUGUUUUAUCAAUUAUCAUAUUUUCAAGAUCGAAGUGCAUUAUAAUAAUAUUUAACACGUUGCCGCAAAUGACGGCUAUGCCCGUCUGAUUUUUGACGAUGUGUAGGCAAAUGACUGCUAUAGCCGUCUUGCACAUCAAUUUCAUAUGGCAGUCAUAAACAAUUGAAAAAAAAUGUAUUUCUAAACACGAUCGUCAAAUUAAAAGUGUGCGGCAACGUGUUAAUGGAAAUAAUUUAUUGUCGGACUUGUUUCGAAUCUUGUAAUUGGAAUUUAUGCGUUUUUUGUAUAAUCUAGGCAUAAUCUAGAUAUUUUAAGAAUUAGAAGGAUAUGAUAAUAUUCCACUUGCUUCCAAGUUACAUAUUAAAUCAUUGUCUCGUUAAUGAACGAUAAAUCAAAGCUAUCGAUAGCGAAAACCGUUUGACGACUUUAAACGAUACGCCAAAGAAUCGAGCGUGAUAAUGUGAAACAUUUCGUUAAAUCAUAAAGCUUUCGCGCGAAGUAAAUCAUUAUACUUUUCUGUUAUCAUUUAUUUUCAUUGUUAGCCCUUAUCGGUCGUAUAUUAACUCUAACGUGACUGUGUAAUUUUAGCACUCAUAUUUCACGUGAAAGGUGACAAGACUGAGCAUGUAAAAACCUCCUAAUUGUCAAGUGUAUGCUUUUAUCCAAAAUAUUUACUUUUAGAUUUAAACACUUACGCGUUAAUCUCUAUCUAGGUGAUAUUAAAUAUUAUCUCUUUAAAGAUUUUGACUGUAGAAAUUCAUUUAUUUUUUUUUAAUUUUGUUUUUAAUUUUAAAAAGAGGGGGUUGGUUAACAAAUUUUUGGAUGUUCCAUAUCUGAAUCAAAAUCAUUGUGUUAAUAACAAUUCAAAAAGAAAUUUAGAUAAAGUUUAAACAAAAAUAAUGUAUUUUUAAUAAGAAAUAAUUUUAUUUAAAAAUCAUUCGCAUAACCACCUAAUAAAACUCCCAUGUAACAAGUUAUAUACAAAACGUUAAUGUCCGAUAAGGGUAACGAAUAUUUUAUUUUUUAUAUUUAACUAAAUAUAUACAUAGAACAGUCUAUAUAAUUAUUUAUUUUUAAAGAUAAGUUUUUUCUUUUCUGUUUAAUGCACAUCGAUAAAAACGACAUGCUUGGUAUUCGAUGGAAAUGCAUUUAAAUAUUAUAUGAAUUCGUCGAAAAUUUAUGUAUCUACUUUCGGCGUUAACAUUAUAUUUGAAAAAGAAUCGAUGCAUUUAUAAAAAUUAGAAAUAAAUUAAGGAUGCAUCCGAUUAUAUGUGAGUAGAUUGAUCGCAUGUCUAAAAAAUAUUUUAUAUUAUAUCUUCGUUUGAAUCUUAGAUUCUAGAUUGUCGUACGCGUUUAUUUCACAUUUCGAAGAUCGUGCAUUACCUCUUAUUGUAAAAGUUCUAAUAAUUAAGAAAAGAAGAUUGAUUUCUUACUCGAAAAUAAUACAGUAUACGUGUAAAAGAGCGGUAUCGCGCAAAUAUUCAAUCAAUCGCACGAUAUCGACUCUAUGAUUGGAAAGUAUAUGUACAUUGUAAUAUGUGAAAUAUUAUGUCUUAUAAAUAAACAGCUAUUACAACGUAUGGCGAAAUAA